AAAAAUCUCAGCCUCGCGUUAGAAACUACUAGGUAGCCUGGUCCAGAACCCCACACAUUUCACCACCCCACAAUCAUCAAUCACAGCUUAAAACAAGCAUCAUAACAGCAAUUCGCAUUAUGGUGUCACAUUUAAGUAAUGAUGAGGUAUGCUUAUAUUGAUUCCGUUAAUACGCUUUUGGACAGACAAUUAACCAUUCUGCACAAAUAGUUUUUCUCAAAACUCGCUUCUCUCUUUGAUAUCAGACGGGAUAAAGACCAUGGCUCUGUCACCCUGACACAGAAAUGUUGUAAGUACUUCUCUAGCCAUUUGGUUUUUUGCUGCAGCAACUACCUACAUGUAUCAACAUCUUGUCUGACUGCCAAACCAGUUAGUUAUGGCCCAGCUUCCGAUACUUCCAUGGCCGUGGUACGAGCCGCCGACGCCCUCAGCGAUAUCUUCACUGCUCAAUUCCCAGACCUCUCACGCGAUGCCCCUGUGCCACUCCUCAUCCGCGCCACAAAUUCCAAAGGCAAGUUGAAGCGCGGAGAGAAGAUAAAACUAUCCACCGUCGUCCAGCCAGAUCAAUUAGAAGGUUUUUUUGCUAGAUAUGCAGAAAUAUGUAAAGGUGGCAUGGGUGCGCUUAAGAAGAGAGAUAAGAAACAGGCGAAGGAGAAGCUCAAGGCAAAGAAAAGAAAGAUGGGUACUACAACUGUUCCUCCAGGAGAAGAGAAAAAAUGAAAAAUGAAAGCUAGCUUUCGCUGGGGGAAUAGAAAGUCCAGUACGGAAUGUCGAUACCCUGGGAGAACAACCGAGCAGCAUCAGGAAUGGAAAUUUUGUUGUUAAUAUCACAGCAGGGCGUCACAUAGAUGGAAAUUGUUUUUGAUUCAUAUGGAAAGGUAUAUAAGAGGAUAUAAGACCGAAAAAUGCAUACAGGGCGUUUGUCCAAGCUGUCAGACAUCCAUUCCCAAGGAUUAAAUGCUACUAUUAUUCAAACUUUGGCCAUACACUUAUACAAAUCCCAUACCCUACCCUGCGUUACAGGGAAUCAGUGUUCCG